UAUUAUCAUUAGACUAAAAAUGAAUAUUAUCCGUUAGAACAGUUGACGUUAGUUGAUACUUUUUAUUAAACCUAUAUUUGACCUAUAUUCUAUGUUAUUUAUAUAUGUCCUUAGAAGUAUCAUUUAAAUUAUAUCAAACGUAUUUUGUGUGUAUAUAUAUAUAUAUACGUUUGCAUUUGCGAAAGAAUAUCAUUCUAAAUGUAAGUUACGAAUACAUUGUAAUAAGAUUAAUUAAUUAUACAUUGUUGGGUUACCAUGGAAAUAAAAUUACUGCGUGUAUUAAUAUAUAUUAAGUUUUUAUUUUUAUUAUCAAUCGUCGCGCAUGCGGAAGAGGAAAAUUUCACCAAAUUUAAAAUUCAAACAUUCACAAACGAUCCGUUAAGAACAGCAUUAUUUAAAAUACAAUCAAAUGCAAAUUAUCUGAGAGAAUUGUUUGCGGAAAAUAGAGAAAAUUAUUUAGAAAUUAUUGCAGCUAUACAAACAGAAAAUAAAUCUGAUCGUAAAUUAUUAUUAAUUAUGCAAUUAAUUGAAGAGAUAGUGCAUUCUAUUGAAGAAUGUACAGUGCAAAUAUAUAAUGCCAGAUCUAAUGUUAAAAGUAGAACUUUUUCAAUGAGUGAUGAUAUUAUAAAUGCCUGGUAUACGAUAUUGGAGAACGUAUCUUUUUUUGGAGAUCUUUUUGUUCAUUUCCCAGAUAUGGUUACUAAAAUUUUAAGAUUUGAAAAAAAAUGGAUUGAAAUACUAUUGUUGUCUGCGCAAUAUACUGAUGUAAUUGAAAAUUUGGUGGAUGAAUCUACUUAUGCUACAAUUUCUUUAGCUAAAAAGGAACUUAGUAAAAUAAAAAAAAAAUUUGGAAAAAAAUAUUAUUUGUCUAAUAAAAAAAAGUCAAAGAAGAAUCUCUCAAAAUUUAUAAAAUUGGAAUUAUAAACAUUCUUGUAAUAGUU